UUGGAAGCGAAUCGUCGUCGAGCUGAAGAAGAAAGGAGGCGAGCUGAGCUGCUUGCUGAACAAGCUGAUGACUUCUUCCCCAUUCCAGAGCGAAGACGGUAUGAGCUUGAACGAAGCACUACUGCCUGGCCUACUUCCCAGACUGUUGUGAGAGAUGAAGAGUUGCAAGAAAUUUCUGUAGAAGAGGAUAUGAACGGAAGUGUUGAGGUCUCACAGUAUCCGGCGCGUCUACCAUCUCCCCGUGCCCUGCUCAAAGAAGAGACUGAAGAGUUCGACAUCUGA